CCAGCAAUGGCGGAAACGGAGGAGCAGCCGCCUGCCUCGCCUCAGAUCAAGGGCCGAAGCGAGGGCGGGGAGGAAGCCCCGGAAGCCGGAGCUGCAGCUGCAGCGGGGGCUGUUGACCCGGUCCCGCCUCCGGCCGGCUCCCCGGGCACCGAGGACCCCGCCGGCGACACGAAAAAGAAAAUUGACAUCCUGCUGAGGGCCGUGGCUGACACCCCCAUCAUGAAGACCAAGAAGUGGGCCGUGGAGCGGACCCGGACCAUCCAGAGCCUUGCUGACUUCAUCAAGAAGUUCCUCAAGCUGAUGGCCUCCGAGCAGCUGUUCAUAUAUGUAAACCAGUCUUUUGCUCCAUCUCCAGACCAAGAAGUUGGGACCCUCUAUGAGUGUUUUGGAAGUGAUGGCAAGCUUGUACUGCAUUAUUGCAAAACUCAGGCAUGGGGAUGAAUGACAAGCAAUACAGUUGUUUUCAAAAAUGGAAAAGGGACUAACUUCUUGAACUCAACUUGUAACCACACAGGAAGAAGGAUUUUUGCAUUUCUGCUUAUGAUUGUACACUUAUAAAAAUUAUGCAGGUGAACAGCAUAAAAGAAGAGCUGCCUAGGCUAUCUGAUCAUGUAGCUUUUUUCUGAAGUACAGGAGAAAAUCUGCACCUGCCAUCUGUAGAGUAGAGUGAGCUCUCUUGUUGCUGAGUUCUCAGUUGCUGUAUCUGAAGGGAAAUUAUUUCAUAGUUGUCUGGAGGACUAACAGGACAGGUCUGUCGCUCUGUGUGCUGUACUGAAGAUAAAAGUUCCUUUUUAUUAAAAGGGAUGUUUAUGUACAUGUAGCCUGGUAUUCAGUUUACUGCUGACACGCUGUACAUCUGUUAUGUACAUUCUAUUCUUUGUGAAGUCUUCAACUUGAAUAUGCAUUAUUAUCUUAUGUCAUUUCAAGACAAUAUUUUGAUUUUUUUUCUCAUAAUGAAUAUGUAGUAUUGGUAUAUAAUCUAAUUAAUUCACCCUGUGCCUUCGUUGUGAUGGUAGCAUAAGUACCUCAUUUAUAUGGCACAGCAUAAUGAUAGGCCUCAAAUACUUUCCUCUUUCCCAAAUUGUGUAGUGAUUUGUUGAAGACUGAACACUUCAGCAGUUGCCAGGGUGGUUUUUUUCUGGCACUGUUUAAUGACUAGCAUCAUUAGUUGAAUGAUGCAACUAGCUGUUGGAUCUUCAGUUAAUGAAGAAAUAGACAUGAGGUGCUAAAAACCUACUCUAUAUAUUCUCCUGGCUGCUGUUAUUUUCCUAUUUGACCAGCUGCAUGUUCCAUCAACAAAAUAGAAUGCACUUGAUAUCCUUUUGCUAAGUCGUAACAUAAUGAGGAUUUAUUUUUUUUUCAUCCUGGAGAGGACUUGGUACCCUGACUAGGAUACUGACCUUUGCUUUUAUUUAUUGGAGGGGAGGGUGUAGGGGGGGUUGUGGGUUUAUCUUAAA